AUGUCUUACCUCUCAACUGUAAAUGAUUUAGUCGCUGGCAGCGUAGGCGGCGCCGCCCAAGUCCUUGUAGGUCAGCCACUUGAUACCGUCAAGACACGCGCACAGAUCGCUCCCAAGGGAAUGUUUAAAGGACCUAUGGAUGUUCUUGCACAAACUGUUCGGAAGGAAGGUUUCUUUGCGCUGUACAAAGGGAUGGCCAGCCCCCUUCUUGGAAUUGCUGGGGUCAACUCCUUGUUGUUUGCCUCAUACGUGUACUCUAAGCGCGUCGUUUCACCAUUCCCACAGCUGUCCCUGAAGGAGAUCGCCAUAGCAGGCGCAAUGGCUGGAGCUGCAAAUGCUAUUCUUGCCAGUCCAGUCGAGAUGUUUAAAGUUCGCAUGCAAGGUCAAUAUGGUGCUGCCACCGAUAAGAAACUGAGAGAUGUCGCAAAGGAAAUGUGGAGAGACUGGGGCUUUCGGAACGGUGUCAUGAGAGGCUACUGGGUUACAGUUGCGAGAGAGAUACCAGCAUAUGCAGGAUUCUAUACAGCCUUUGAAUUUUCGAAGCGAAAGUUUCAGAGUCAGUAUGGGGAUAAAGUCCCUGUUUGGGCCCUUCUUGCUAGUGGUUCAACUGGCGGGAUUGCAUACUGGCUAUCCUGCUACCCAUUAGGCAAGUUACGGAGCGCAGUUGACGAGGGUCUGACUUAUAUUGAACUCUCGGUAGACGUGAUAAAGUCUCGCAUCCAAUUGCGCCAGACACCACCGACUGGCAAGCCCUGGAAUUAUAUGGCCAAUGAAAUCAGGAUGGUUAUUGCCGAAUCAGGAUUAACGGGACUUUUCCGCGGUCUGUCGCCAUCACUGCUAAGAACCAUACCCGCUGGAGCGAGCACAUUUGCGGCAUUUGAGUUAACUCGAGAAUUUCUCACAGAGUCCACAGGAGCGUAA